GAGACCGAAGAUUCCACGGCACUCCAGUUCUACAAUGCCAGAAUCAUCCAAUCUCGAAAAAACCAGGGUAAAAAUCGUAGAUAUAUAUAGACCCAAAGAUCCCUGCUCAGUCUCCACCCUCAUCAAUCCACGCGCACCCAACCCAUACACCAAACCACACACCAACAACCUCAACACAUACUAUACCCAAACCAAACCUACCUAGUACCAACCACGCAACCUCAACCACCAACAAAAAAAUGCCCGCCCUCCCAGCCACCCCCACCACAACCACGCACUUCACAACCGACCUGCGCGACCGCCACCUCAUCUACGACUACGCGGCGCAGGACGCCGCGGGCAACCCGGAGAAAUGGCGCUACGAGAUGUGGUUCUACAACGAGGACCGGAUCGUCUACGCCAUCCACGGGGGGCCCAUGGCGGGCCGCCGGAACUUCCAGACCGCGACGUACCAGUGCAUCCGGCCGGGGGAGCUGUGGCAGUGCAACUGGCUCGAGGAGACGGGCACCAUCUGCUCGCUGGUGUUCGAUAUCCCCAACCGAAAAAUCACGACGCUGAUCGCGUUCUCCAAGGGCCAUUGGGAGCGCAAUGAGGAGGCCAAGGGGGAUAAGCGGAACCCGGCGGAUUUGGAGCGCUGGCGGGGUUUGGCGCGGGUCGGCUGUCAGACGGAUCGGGUGAUGCUCAGUGAGCAGGCGGAUAUCCUGGAGGAUUUUCGCGGGCCGGGGGAGUUGCAGGGGAUUGAGAUGGGGUGGCCUACUUUGUAGAGUUCAGGGGUGCUUGGGGGGUGUGUGGUUAGGUUGGCUAUGAGAUUGUGGCUGAGGGGGGGGGUCUCCAGGAGGUGAAGGUGAUUCAAGACG